GAUGUUUUUGAAUACCAUAUCUGGACUGGAGUAUUACAUCUGUAUUACUGAUAAGCGGUAAAGUGUGCUCUGCUGGGAUGGAAGGACAGAUAAGGUUUCGUUCUUACAAAUGAACAUUCAGUAAUUCUUUGGCAUUUUCUUUUUCCAUAUCUCAUAUGAUAUCAUUUCGCUUUUCAAGGAAGAAAAGAAUUGCUGCAAAUCAGAUUGGCUGAGCUUUGGUUUCAAGAUCCAAUUGUGAAAUUGGCAAAUGAAUGGGAUGUAGCUCGUGCUCCCUGUUUCUGUGCUCAGGUUGGUAUCCUCAUGGUUUCAUCAGGAUAGCUUCAUCGUCUUACAUUUGCGAACAGAGUGGUUGCCAUUAUGACAUUGUAAGGAAUUGGUCUUUCAGUUUCAGCAAUUUAUACCAAUGUUGUGGCAAACUGAAUAGAGGAUUCAACAGAUUAAAAAUGGAACGAAAAAAGUGGCAUCAGGUGCUAAAUUUAGGGUGGAGAGAUGAAAGAACGAGGAUUGAGCAAACGCAAAAGCAGGAAACCACCAAUUUGCAAUUUGAUUCGGCAGGCCGCAUGCAUAUGUGGUUGAGACGGUUAUGUUUUAGUUUAAAAUGGCGUAGCGUGUGAGGCUGAGCAAAGCUGAAUCAUCAUCGUUUUCAGUCUGCAGUUUUCGACAGGCACGAGACCGACACCACACCAAGUUGUUUGAAUGGAAACAAACUGUCCCUUGAACAUCAUCAGAAACCUGGAAGAAAUGGACAAGGAGCAGCAGAAGAAGAAGAAGAGAGGAAGAGCAGAGGAAGAUUCUUAUUACAAGAACUAUUUACACCAGGCUGCCAAAAUACAAGAUAUGGAGCAUUGUAAUAACAGUGCAAUGGGAAACACUCAAGACAGCAGCAAGGAUUACAAAUCAGCAUUAGGGGUAUUUGAUUUCCCCUGGAUGCUUGACGGAAUUGUCUCAAAAUCACAAGAUUGGAAUUAUGUUGAAGACACCACCUUCUCAUCAUCACUUGCUGACACCUGCCGCUGCCGGGUUAAAUUUUCUGAGAAUUUUGACGAGAGUGAGGAUGGGCGAGGGCUGGAAACGGAUUGCAUUUGGGCCUCCUUACUCCACCAAGGUCAGGGAGGGCCCAAUGAACAAAGCUAGUUAAUUUAAAAUCAAUAUAUUUUUUGUUUUGUUAUUAUGAUUAUAGUCUUGUAAAAAAGAAGCAUUAAUUUGGAAAACAAAAGAUGAUUAAGAGAGGAGAAAAAGUAAACAAGUUGGCUAUGUGAUUAGUCCAAUUUGGUGAGUGUUGUAUAUCAGUUUGCACUAUGGUUAAUGUAUAUACAUACAUGCAAAUUCAAAGGGUUUGUGGUAACAAAAUGGAGAUGGAUACGGCGUUUGAGCAUUAAACGGCAGUCUGCCGACACUUUUGCCUUUGGCCUUUUUCCUUGUUAUACCACCAUACAUACAGAGAACAGUGAUACACUCUCUCAGUCAGCCAGUCAUACGUAGCAACACAGACAAAAGAAAUCAAGAGAGAGAUUUGUUACCACAAACCCAAAAUGAACCGAUUUACUCGCAUGUA